AGAUCCAAAUUUUAGAUUCAACCAACUCUUUUCUUUUCUCUAUCAAACCCACUUCACCUUUCUUCUACCUUAGCACAAAAUUUUUUUCAAAUGCAAAAUUCAAAUACUUCACCUCCUUCUCCUCUGGUGGACUCCGCGCCGUUUCUCCACCGUACAGGACGGUUCCUCAGACGCACGCCGCCGCCGCCACUCCGAACCGCCGCCCGGUUUUUCCGGCGAGCUAGUGGGCGGCGCAUGAUGCUUCGGGAGCCGUCGGUGCGUGUCCGGGAGGCGGCGGCGGCGGAGCUGGAGGAGCGGCAGAGCGACUGGGCGUACUCGAAGCCGGUGGUGGCGCUCGACGUGCUGUGGAACCUCGCGUUCCUCACGAUUGGGAUCACCGUAUUGUGUUUGAGCACCACGGAGGUACCUUGCGUGCCCCUUAGAGUGUGGAUUGUAGGGUACUUGUUACAGGGCGUGUUCCACUCUCUCUGUGUUGUUGUUGAGUUCAGAAGGAGAAGGACCUCGUUAGGUUCUAAUUCUGUUUUAGAUCAUCGUGAAUGGAGCUUCAGUUCUGAGAGUGAUGACGAGUAUUAUGCUUCAGAACAGUUUCUAGAGGGUGAGGGAAACAGCAUCACAAAACACAUAGAGUCUGCAAAUACCAUGCUUUCAUUCAUAUGGUGGAUUAUUGGAUUCUAUUGGGUGACUGCUGGUGGCCAGAAUUUGAUAAGGGAUUCACCUCAGCUUUACUGGCUCUGUAUUACAUUUCUUGCGUUUGACGUUGUGAUUGUACUGAUCUGUGUUGCUGUUGCAUGUCUAAUUGGUAUUGCCGUUUGCUGUUGUCUGCCAUGCAUACUUGCUAUUUUAUAUGUCGUGGCAGAGCAGGAAGGGGCAACGAAGGAAGAGAUUGAUCAGUUGCCAAAAUAUAAGUUCGGAAUGAUAAAGGAAUUUAAAAAAGGUGACAUUGAAGAAUCUUCCAGAGGAAUAAUGACAGAAUGUGACAGUGAGAACGCCACUCAACGUGUUAUUGCCUUAGAAGAUGCUGAAUGCUGUAUCUGCCUUUCUGCCUAUGAUGAUGGUGCUGAACUUAGAGAGCUUCCUUGCAACCACCAUUUUCAUUGCACAUGCAUUGACAAAUGGCUGCUAAUCAAUGCUAUCUGCCCUCUCUGCAAGUUUAAUAUUUUGAGGACUGAUAACCACUAUCAAGAAGUUUGAACUAGUUCCUUGUUGCAUUGAUUAAGAUACACAACCCUUUUUCAUACCAAGCAGGCAUUUGUUGCAAAUAGCAGCAGAUUGACCUUGCUUUCAUUUCAGUGCUAAG